UAAAAUGUUGGAAUUCCUCGUAUCACAUAAAUGUGGUUAAAAAUGUAGUUAUGAUCGGCACACCAGAACAACUGAGCAACCAAACACGUGAAGUUAACCUUAUUGAACACAUUGAAUAGAUAGUCAACAUGUAACAACUAAGCAAGUACUGAACCGGUAAAAUAGAAGAACUUCAACAACAUUGAUUGUUAGGUGCAUUAUUUCGUGUUGUAAAAAAAAGCGUGCACCAACAUUUUGAAUUCAUUUGCUAUUUUUGACAUAAACGUUCGUUUUAGUUUUUUGUUAUCAAAAAAUUGUGGUUUGAAUAUAUACGUGUUAAAUUUUUUGUCACUUCUACGUAAUGAAUUACAGGUGUUUAACACAGCGAAAAUAUGGCAAUGAUCAACCGCACACAACAGUUGGAAAUUUUUGUUUAAAUUAUUAAAUUCCUUUUAUAAAAACUCCAGCAGCUGGUUGGACCACUUGCUCGGAAAAGGAAGCAAAGAACAAAAUUUUUGGACUGUUGUUUAUAUCGCUGGUUGUGACUUUGAAAAGGAGAAGAUAUACAUUCAUACAGGUAAAAAAUGGAGACCUUGUUUCAAAUUACUUUGGUUUUGCCCAUCCUGUCACUUUCAACAUGUCAACAUUCUGUUAUUGAUUGCAGUGGACCUACGGAUGAACAAAUUAUGAAUUAUACUUUAAGUAAAUAUGGAAUAAAUGAAUCUCUGCUCACCAAUAAAAGUUUAUUCCAUAAAGAUUUCAUCUGGAAGAUACAGAUGGCUAUUCUUAAUCUAAUGACGGAUAGCCUUUGUUUAUACCAUGUAUCUCAUGACAGUAUGUAUGUUUGGUCACUGCGUGUAUUGAACGAAGAGAUUACAAAGAACUGCGAAAAAAGUGGAGGAGAGUUUAUAGAACGAACGGGAAUCUGUAUGUUAUCCAAUGGUACGCACAACUUUUCCAUCCCAAUGAAGAAUUUGAUAGAUUCUAAGAUUUCUUAUGCUGUUGGAAUCGGUGGAAAUAUCUUUAGUACAAUAACAUUGAUUAUUUUGCUGGCCACGUACUUCUUGUUUUCUGAAUUGAGAACAUUGCCAGGUAAAAAUAUCAUGGCGCUAUCCUGUUGUGUUCUUAUAGUUCACACACUUCAAUUGGUGAUAACAAUUGGAAUCCAUGGUGGUUUUUGUAUUGCAAGUGGAAUAUUACUGCAUUUUGUGAUGUUGAAAAGUUUCUCGUGGAAAGCAAUAUCAUCAUUUGAUUUGUGGUAUACGUUUUCAAGGAAUUUCUUAAGAGAUAACCAAUGGAAGAGAAAGCAAUUUAAAUAUUAUCUCAUCAUCUCCUUUGGUUGUAGUGGUUGUGUAAUAUUUAUAUCACUAAUGUUGGAGUACGCAGGAAAUUGUGGAAUGGGAUAUGGCGCGCAUAAUCAUUGCUUCAUUACAAAACUACUUCCACAUUUUCUUCUUUUUAUCCUUCCAAUUUUGUUAAUCGUUAUAUGCAAUAUUUUUGCUCUAAUUAUUACCAUCCGAAACAUUUCUAAGGCUAAGAAAUCCACUAAAAUGGCUCACCAGUCUUCACACAAUGACGUCAUGUUUCUUUCAAGAAUGUUCAUCAAGAUAUCGAUAGUCAAUGGAACAGGAUGGUGUUUCGGGUUGCUAGGUGCAUUUAUUGCGUCUUCGUUUUGCAUGUACAUAUAUCUCAUCGUUGUUAACUUUCAAGGAUUUUUCAUUUUUUUAGCAUUUUGCGUCAACAGAAGAAUACUUAAGCUUUAUUGUCAAAAAUACAGACACUUUGGAGUUGAUGUUGUUUUUACGACUUUUAGUCACGAGACACGCAAAACGCACGAAAUACAGGGUACCCACGGUAUGCACGAUAUCACCAAGGGUAAUCGGUCAGAAUCUUCCAUUUAGAUUUUUUAUUUUCAGUAAAACAAAUUGUAAACAUUGCUUGCUUCAUGUAAAUAUUUGUAAAAUGCAGUUUUUUCUACCUUUUUGAUGAAGCUGGAUUGAU